AUGGACUCAGCUGCAAGUAACAGCGCGAUUCAGCUGCCCGUGAUUGACAUCUCGGAAUUCACUGUUGAGAUUGGCAAACAAUUACUUGAUGCAGCCCAAAAAUUUGGCUUCCUCUACAUCGACACCAACGGCACCGGAUUCACUGAGAGUAUGGUUGAACGCGAGUUUGACUUCUCUCGCAAAUUCUUUGCACUGCCCGAUGCAGAAAAGGAGAAAUGUCGAAUCGACGACACAAAUCGUGGCUGGACCGGUAUGCACGGCGAGACGCUUGAUCCUAAAGCUCAACGGAAAGGAGACUUCAAGCAGGUUUUCAACAUCGGGGAAUUCCAUGAUGGAAAGCCUCAGCAGCCCAUGCCCGCAUUUCUCGAGAAGCACAUCAAGGAAUUGGCAGAAUUUGAAAGGACAUGCAAAACGUUCUGCGAUCGAGUGCUUGACCUCCUUGCGUUGGGACUUGGAGUUGAGGAGCCCAACUUCUUCUCAUCGCGACACACUCAGCCCAGCGGAUGUACGGUUCGUCUGCUACAUUACCCUGCUAUCCCCACCGACGUGGAUUAUCAGCCUGAGGUGGAUGUUCGGGCAGGCGCACAUUCGGACUAUGGAAGCGUGACGCUCCUCUUUCAACGACCGUCACAACCUGGCCUGGAGAUCAGAACCCCAGAGGACACCUGGGCGCCUGUCCCCGUCAUUCCUGACGGGUAUGUGAGGUCGACAACUUUCCCGCCAAUCCUCGUCAACAUUGCAGACUUGCUCUCUUACUGGACCAAUGGCAUCUUGAAGAGCACGGUCCACAGAGUAAUCUUCCCCAAAGACGCCAAGCGCGGAGGCGAGGACAGGUACUCAAUUGCGUAUUUCUGCCACCCUGGGAAUGAUACGGAGCUGGUGCCCAUCCCGAGUAAGCUGGUUGCUGAGCAUGUUUUGGAAGAUGGCGUAGAAGUGGGAUAUGGAGGAGGAGCUACUUCAAAACGAGCUAUCACGGCGAAGGAGCAUCUAAUGAAUCGUCUGGAGGCAACUUAUGGAUUCCGAAUGGCGAACGCGAAAGAAGUUGGUCCUGCUGCUUGA